UCGUUCGUUCACUGGGGCGGUAAUGCCGGUUUACACACCACCGUGUACACAACAAAAAAAGGGAAAAAAAAGGAAAAGAGUUGAGACAGGAUCGAGAGGCGUUCAAUGAAGACGCCUUGGAGCACCUGGAGAAACAUCGGCAACAUCUCCGCCAGUGAACCACCACCGGCUGUGAAGUGACUUAAAUAUCAGGACAAAUCGCACCUGCACCCUCGCCAGUCUGAACUGUACAAUGAAGGCAAAGACGAUCCUUCUAUGAGUGCUUUUGGCAUCGCCUUCCGAGGCCUCCUCUUGGCCGUGUCAUCCAUGACGCAAGCUGCUACUUUGGACUCGCGCUUCAGGCCCAAAUGGCGGGCGAUCUUUGUGGCCAGCCUGCUGGCUUUAGUGCUCAUGUUGUACCUGCACCGCAUGGGAGGCUCCGGGGAUGCUCCCGACAACCAUUCCUACAGCAGCAGCUUGCAAAUGUAUCAUGGGGGUGAUGUCCACGUCUUCUGGGACACUCGGAGACAAAAUGUCCUGCGUCUCUCCCAACUACAGAAAAAGCAAAAACCUUACAAUGACACCUACCCACUCAGUCCGCCAGUGAGGACCAACAAUGGCAUCAGGUACCGCAUAGGAGUCAUUGCAGACUUGGACACAGCGUCACGUAGUCCGAAAGCCCAGACGUGGUUCAGCUACAUGAAAAAGGGUCACGUGACUGUUUCGGAAAGUGCCGACACACUGGAUGUGGAAUGGGACGAGGAGACCAUCACACUGGAGAGUCACCUAGCAGAGAAAGGACGAGGUUUGGAGUUGUCUGAGCUGGUGGCGUUUAACGGGCGUCUGUACAGCGUGGACGACCGCACGGGGGUGGUGUACAGGAUUGAUGGCAGGCGGGCGGUCCCCUGGGUCAUCCUGCCUGAUGGCGAUGGGUCUGUUUCCAAAGGCUUUAAGGCCGAAUGGCUUGCAGUGAAAGACCAGCACCUGUAUGUUGGCGGUCUUGGCAAGGAGUGGACCACCACCACUGGAGAGGUUGUCAACCACCACCCGGAGUGGGUGAAGGUUGUGGGUUACGACGGUGACGUCGAGCAUAAAAACUGGGUGCCUCACUACAACGCCCUGCGGAACGCCGCAGGGAUUAAACCACCAGGCUACCUUAUCCAUGAAUCCGCUGCAUGGAGUGAGCGGCUUCAACGUUGGUUCUUCCUGCCUCGCCGCGCCAGUCACGAGCGCUACGAAGAGAGCGCCGAUGAGCGGCGCGCUACCAACCUACUGCUGUCCUGCCGGGCGGAUUUUAGCACCAUUACGACGCGCCGUGUUGGGCCUCUGAACCCUACCCACGGCUUUUCCUCAUUUAAAUUUGUUCCCGACACGGAUGAUCAGAUUGUUCUGGCUCUGAAAUCUAAGGAGGACGCAGGCCAGAUUGCUUCCUAUAUCAUUGCGUUCAGCCUUGACGGUCGGGUGCUGAUGCCCGAGACAAAGAUUGGAGAUGUGAAGUACGAAGGCCUGGAAUUUAUUUGAAAAUGACGUGGCUGCUAUUUAAUUUUUUAAACAUGACCCCAAAUAGGGUUUAAUGAUGAAGCCCGAUUUAUAGAGAGAGGCACACUGGCAUAAUUGAUUGAUUGAUGACACAAAAACUAUGCAAAUUGUCUCCUGCAGUUAAAUUCUGCUGGUCAGACACUCAGGGGAACAUAGUCAAAACUUGGAAUAACAGAUGCACACUAUUGAAUGUUCAUGAACUACUUGAAUGGUCUUACUUAUAACUUUGCCAUUCGUGGCUAUUUGCAAAUUUAUACUGACCAGAUUAGCAUUUCAUAUUUUAAAAGAAGUCUGAAUGAAUUAGUAUAUUAAAUAAACACAAGAGCUAUUUUAUUUAAAAAUAAACCAUUAAUAUAUUUUAUUUGUAUGUAAGAAACAUUACUCAAUAAAUGUAUGCCCUUUGAGUGA